UAAGACCACCUGUCAGCCAUUCACACCUGUUGCCAAUUGUGUUAGUUGACAGUCUAACAAUUAACACCAUCGAGCUCCGUCUUACACUACAGUUAUGUGAAAGUUAAUUCAGUUUCUAUAGUAAAAUGCUUCACCAUGGAUGACGAAGCUACAUUAGAAAGUUAUUUUGAUGAAUCCAUUGCGAACGAUGCCAGUGGCUUCCUGUUUGAGGGUGACCUCGGUUUGCAGGGGGGCCCCCAGCUCCAGGACACCUCCUGUCUGUCCUCUGUAAGUGGAGGCCAUGAGAAGGAUCUUGGGGAGGAUCUGGACCUUAGCUUCCUGCCCGAUGAGCUCAGUAACCAGGAAGAGCCCGCUGAGCCCUCCACCAAUGAGAACAAUGCAGCCAACGUGACGCAGGACAGCGGCUUUUUCCAAUACCACACGCCACAGGCACCGGUGGUUACCACGGCGAUGCCAGGGGCCUCCCCCAUCUGCCCAAUGACUCCUAUGAUUCCAAUGACUCCCAUGACCCCGGUCGCGGAGUGUUCUGGAAUCAUCCCUCAGUUACAGAAUAUUGUUUCCACAGUGAACCUUGCUUGUCCUUUGGACCUCAAAUCCAUCGCACUUCAAGCACGGAAUGCUGAGUACAACCCAAAGCGAUUUGCUGCAGUUAUCAUGAGGAUUCGGGAGCCCAGAACCACUGCUCUGAUCUUCAGUUCAGGAAAGAUGGUCUGCACUGGGGCCAAGAGCGAGGAGCAAUCGCGCCUGGCUGCCCGAAAGUAUGCCCGCGUGGUUCAGAAGCUGGGCUUCCCAGCCAAGUUCCUGGACUUCAAGAUCCAAAACAUGGUGGGCAGCUGUGAUGUCUGCUUCCCCAUCAGGCUGGAGGGUCUGGUGCUCACUCACCAGCAGUUUAGCAGCUACGAGCCAGAGCUGUUUCCAGGCUUGAUCUACCGCAUGGUGAAACCACGUAUCGUCUUACUGAUCUUUGUGUCUGGAAAAGUAGUGCUGACAGGAGCCAAGGAACGUGGUGAGAUUUAUGAGGCAUUUGAAAACAUCUACCCAAUUUUGAAGGGAUUCAGGAAGCAGUAAAAUACAGUUUUGUGUGAAGUUGAAAUCACAAUGGAACUAAUCUUAACUUGUGUUAACAUGCAGGAAAUAUGUUCUUUGUACGUUUUGUUAAAAGUUGUAUAUGUUAUACAUGAGACUUUAUACUUUUGUAUUCUGCUGAAAAUUAAUAAAGGUUUUCGUUAUUGUUUUGAUUAUUAGACACAGUUCCACAUAUGGUAAUCUCCACCCAAU